AUGAAGCGAAGUCGUUCCACAUCGUCUUCCAGCGCCGCCUCCUAUACUACCGCAGCAGAUGACACACAAGCACAAGCUAUUGUUGUAAAGGCGCCUGAAUCUCUUGCACGUGGCGUUUCACCUCCUCCAAUCCGGCAGAAAGCCACCUUCAAGCAGAAGGACAACUCUGAUGGCAAGCAAGACUCGUCCCGCGAACCUACGACCGCUCAGGUGGAGGCUGGUCUUGUAGAUGUUGACGACCAUGUCGCUUUUUUCUCUUCAAAGCUUGCCACCUAUACAAGACCAUGUUCCCCGGACCCACGCCUUGAUCAUGCAGACUGGCUGGAUCUCUAUCAUCGCAACCAGUCCUCUUAUGGGCACCAUUUCGUGAUUCACCAGCACGACCACCCCAUCGCUGGCACUCACUAUGACCUACGGUUGCAGAUCAACAGCACAAGCUCGAUCAGCUUCGCCAUCAUGUAUGGCCUGCCAGGUGACCCUAACUCUCGACGGCUGAACAGAAAUGCCACCGAGACCCGGGUUCACUGCCUAUGGAAUCAUCUUAUCGAGACCGCCUCGACUCAAACUGGGAGCCUCUUGAUUUGGGACAGUGGCGAGUAUGAAGUGCUUGAGAAGAGUUCAUCAAAGGCCACUAAGGACUCCGAGACCGAUCCUGAUUCUCAAUCAUUCAGUCCAGCCAGUACCGCAUACGCAUGUCUAUCCGAGCCUGAGAAGCUUGCCCUAGCAUUCUCACACCGCAAAAUCCGUCUUCGCCUCCAUGGAACCCGUCUUCCCCGAAACUACACUCUGUACCUCCGCCUAACAAAAGAAAAUGACUGCAGUACGCAACCUAAAGCUCCGGCCUUCAAACGCCGCCGCAAAGUGACCAUACCACCACCUGCGCCUUCCCGUUCUCGGCGCAAUAGCACCACUUCGACCUCUUCAAGUUCACCUUCAUCGCAACAGGAGAGUGAUGUUUCGACUGCAACCCGUACGCCAGCUCACCGUCGCUUGCGUUACACCGUCUCUUCACUCAAGCGCACUGCGUCGCCGCCUCACCGAGACCGAGCUUUCGCGGCGUCGACCGCGUCUAAAUUGGAGUCCAUGGCAUCGGAAACGACUUCAGCCCAGAUAUCUGUUCGUAAAACAAGCAAAUCAAUUUCGGAGCACACCAUAGGCGAUGAAGAAGCGGCAGGUGCUUCAGGCAGUGACGAGGAUGAAGCUAUUCGACGUAAUAAUGCCUACCCAGGCGCAUCGAACACGGUCGGAAGCAUACACCAACGCAAAUGGUACAUGUCCAUGGACAGGACGCUUAGCGGGUUUGUACCCAUUCCCACCCCAAAGGAUAUCAAUCAUCAUGCGAGAACGUGGUGGAUUCCGAGAACUAGGAUAGACUUGGGUAAAGGAGGAAGCGGGCAGGAAGCACAGGGCGCAGAAGGUUUUGAUAGAUUUCACGUCCUAGGGCGCGAGCACGAGAAAAGUGUUGUUACAGGCAGGCUAGCAGCUGAGAUACUGACGGAUGAAGGCGUAGAAAGCUACGUGCCACGGGGACGCUGGAGAGCUGUCACUGAGUGA